AUGUGGCACCUGUGGAUUGUUCUAUUGAUAUUUACAACGGAUUGCUCCUUUUCAGAUGGCACUGUUUACGGCAGUGUUAACGAAGGUCCCGAUGAUACCGCCCAAGGUUCACCGUCGUCGUUGUCCAGCUCCAGAUCACUUCCAGCUCAAGCCAUAGAUUUCGUUGACACACGCCCUGCUGGGUUCGGUCGAGAUCACGCCAACGAAGCGGCCCGGAAGGAUAUGGAUCUGUUCAGCCAGCUGAAACAUAUGCAGCCCAUGCCACGCAACGGUCCCCGAUCAACACCGUUCGCCGCUUCCGAGUCCGAGAUGGCCGGUGUCAGAAGGUCGCUCGCGACGGUGCUGCAAGUGCUGCUGCCGUACGGUCGGCUGCAGCAACGUCCACAUCCGCCAGCCGACCGCGAUCCCUCGAUCGACCCGUACGACGAGGCAGCCGUGCUCGGCGAACCUUUGAUGCCCGACCGACCCGAUUCGGCGAACUAUCUGCUGCACGGCAAGCUGGUGGAAAUUGGCCCAAGACAGCGGGCCGGGUUUGGAGGUCCCACCACCGAUCCGGAGAGCCGUGGUGCUGGAUCGGCAGAAGAUACCCUCGGAACGGUGGGCCAGAAGCGAGCCGCAGCCCUUCGUUCGACGGUGGCCCGCCGGUCGCACAUCAUGCCGGCAGUUGCGAGUGGUGGUGGUGGUGGAGGAGGUGCGGGAGGAGCGGAUGAUGGCAGCUUCAUGCCUUCCAUCAGUGUUGGUGAGUUUUACGGUGCGCUGACAAACUUGGGCGACUUCUUCCAGAACCUCAAGCACAACCUGGAGUCGCUGGAGUCGAAGAAUCUGAACAACGACCAGGUGAAGCUGCUGGAAGGCCAGAACAUGAUCAGCAAUCUGCGCAAAGGGUUCUUCUAUUCCAGAGUUUGUCGAGGACUAUCCCAAGCCGGCGGGCAGUGCCGCAUUCCUGCACGCCAUCCGGAACUAUCGGCCCUCGCACCGGAUUCGGGCGCUGGUGUCCACCGUGCCGGAGCUUUACCGUGGUACCAACUUUCACGAUCCCGUGUACAUGCUUGCCGGACUCGGAAAAUGAGCUACCCGCCAACGAUCCGACCGCCCCAUUCGGUACUGCUGGCCUCCUGCUAG